AUGGCAGAACCCGCCUCCAAGGCUGCUUUCCAGAUUCAGCCGGAAAGGGGCAUCAGUUGGAUGACUCUCGGAUCUUCUAUCUACAGUAUAAUCACAAGGCUGAAAGCGUCACCAAAGAUCUAUCCAAGUCUGGAGCUGUCCUAUUCUGCUUCAGACCCAAUCACGCAACCGGUCGUGCUCAGCCUUCCUUGUAAUGGACUGAGACUCCGGUUCGACGGUCCAGACCAGCGACUACGGCUAAUUGAGGUUUUGGACUUUUCUCUCAGCUCUUUUGUCUAUAAGAACACCGACCUGGUCCGCCGAGUUAAGGGUUCGGACGAGAUCAGCCAAGACGAAGGCUCUUCCAGCGGGCCCACGUUUCGACAUGUCUACAACCGUCUCUUUGGACCAACGUACGCCGGAGAAUAUAUAGCUCCGGAACCCGGUGUUUCCGAAGGCACAUAUGUUCUCUCGUACCCAGGGCUGGCAUUUAGCUUCCCUGUGAAACAUCAGUCCUGGUCCGAAAAGGUUGAUUUUGUGUCCAUUUUAUCAUCCAAUGCCACUGGCUCGGCAAAAUCUAUGGCCAUCUUCUCGGGGUCCUCGUGGACAGAAGCCAGGACAAAUUUGUAUACGAGAUCUCCAACGUAUCCUCGGUCACCGACACUCAUUGGCAAGUCUGUCGAGACAGCGCCAGACGAGAUCGAGGAGGUAAGAGUGUUCGGAGGUGGCCGACUAGAACUCCUACGGAGGGCCUCCCCGCCUAUGGCAAUCACGUUGAGUGAAACAACACCUCAAGAUCUUGUGGCGGAGCUGGGGCCCCCUGAUGCCAUAUAUCGAAAGAAUGAUCGACGGAUUUCCAUCCAUGCCACCGGUAAUCCUGCGAAUCGGCGGCGGCCUAGCAUGUCACCGGGGCUCGAUCCUCAGGCGUUGGACACGGACCAGUCGUCAGUUCAAAGCUAUACCGAAGAGUCAGACUUCGACCCCGAGCUUGAGGAGGACAGGGCAGAUUCGUCCAGUGAUGAAUGUUUCUACAACUAUUUUAAGCACGGAUUUGACAUUCUGAUAUCGUCCCCUGCCGCGAGAUCACCACCUUUCCCCGAUUCGACGACCGGCGAGAGCUCUGGCUCGUCUGGUGCACAACUGGUCGCCACGAAGAUCUUCCUCCAUGGUAACGUGCCUGGCUCGUUCGCUUUCAACCGCCAUCGUCGAAGUCGGUGGGUGAUCCGGACUCGUGGGGAAAGCCGAGGGCCAAUCCUCACCUCCGAAAUGACAUUUUCUGAGAUAUCUCGGGCGUUGAAAGAGGUGUGGCAUGACACCUACAAAGACGAGAACGAGGAGAAGCAAAUGCAGCGAGGGAUGGUCCUCAACAGGGGAUGGGGAGAGAGCCCCGAGAGCUCCAUAGAGUUGCUGGGUGAUCUAGAGGAAAGCCCGACUCGAGAAAAGGCAGCCGACCACGGCACGGUAGAUGCUGCAGGGGACAUGGGCAACACCGAGCUGUUUGGCUUCCCAGGGAUGUUGUUUGAAGUGCUGAAGAAUGACACUGUAAGCUGUUUGACGGUGUUUUAG